AGCCUCCCGUUUUCUCUCCCUCUCUCUCUCUGGCAUAGUCCCGCUUUUUUGUGCUUUGUUCGAUGGGAUGCUCUCGCGCAUCAACCCCCCCCCUCGAAUGGAACAUUCUUCUGGGCAUGUAUACGCGAGGCAGGUGGCUAUUGGGGAGAAUAAGGCCAGAGCACUCAAAUUUUUCUGAAAUGUGCCUCAUUCCUGAUGUAGCUGCCAGGUGGCACAAUUCCAGUGUCUUUCUACACAAGACCUCUAACGCGUGUUCUUCAAAUGUUGGGAGACACAAUGUUCCACUUGUUGCCUUUCCAUGUUUUCCUUGUUGAUUCUCUGUGCUUUCACUUUUGAUCUGAUUUGAGAAAGCAUGGACAAAUAAUGAAGAAACCACAGAAGAACAAAAGCAAGGACAUGAGGAAGCUUAGAGAUGAAAGGCUGUAGGGUGAUACCCAAACUCUGGGAAAAGUCCCCACUCCACACGAAUAAUACGAUAUUGUUGGCUGCAUACCUCAAGUAAUGUGUGGAUAUUAAAAUAUGAAUUGUUGGGGGGGGGGCGUGGCGUCGCUGACUCCGGGAUGGACGCGUGCUGAAGACCUCCGCUCCUCCCAACCCCCAAUUCUCCAAAUAAAGCUACACAACUUUACUUUUGAUCGUUAUACUAUGAAAAAUAAUAACGCUAAGAAGAGAAAGAACAUAGUGAAAGCAGCUAAAAACUUACAGCCGCUUUUUUCGGCGCCUAAGGAGAGAACGCAGAGCGAAGGAACAAAAAUGGAGAGAUCCAAAAUGGCGGACGGACUAUCUUCAUACGCGAUCGAAAAGGUACAUAACUCAGAUAUCACCCUAGACCCUCAGCUCGAUAAACUAAAGAAUGAAAUCCUAGACCAAAUCGCUAAAUUGAUUGCCCCACUAACAGCACAACUGGCUGAAAUAAAAGUGGACUUGCAAGCAACUAAUCUAAAAGCAGAUAAAGCUUUAGAUGCAAGUUCCUCGGCACAGAGAGAAGUGGGCUUACUGCAUGAGGCUUUUGAAAAUCAGCAAGAAAGAUUGAUCAACCUAGAAGUCAAUAUGAGACAGAAUCACUUGAAGCUGAGGGGGAUUGAUGAACUUUUGAUACCAAAGGAAGAUUUAAUGCCUGUAAUCACAAGAUGGCUUGCAAAGCAUCUGGAAUUAGAAGAAGGGGUAAACACCCUGAUUACAAAAGCCUACCGUAUUGGAACUCCUAAGCAAUACAAGAACAGACCUGUGCCAAGAGACAUAAUCAUAGAGAUACCUGAUCAAAAAAUAAAGAUGAAAAUUAUUGAAACAGCUAAAAUAUCGGGCUCAAUACUGUUCAAUGGAACCCCAGUGCAAAUAUAUACUGACUUACCGAGAGAAGCAUUAUUAAUAAGGAAAGAACUGAAACCUAUUACAGACGCGCUGAGAAAUGCCAACGUCAGAUAUAAAUGGAUAAAUCAUGUCAAGAUAUUAGUGAUUCUGAACGGGAAACAUCAUGUUGCUACAAAUUUAAGGAACGGAACAGAACUCUUGAAUAACAUCGGUGUGGAGAUACCCAUGGAGACAAGCAAGCAAAAUCAGAAGAGAAAAUUGACGGACAUGCUUUCUCCACAGAAGGGAAGUAAGAUCCCGAUAAGAAAUCCCUAGCAGACUUUGGAGGACAAGAACUUUUAUUGAAUUAAUCAGCUAUCGUUGUGUCUCAUAUAUUAUAAUUAAUACAAAUGGAGAUUGGGGGCGGGGGGGGAGAGUGAAGGCUUCAACACAGCUCCGUGGUAUUAGAACUUUUCAUUUGGAAUUUUACCUUCCAAAACUGUGGCGUGUAGUUAACGACACAGUUUGAAAGUUCUAAGAAAUAGCUGGCAGCACGUAAAUUGAUUGUUAAAUUGUUAAUUAGUUAAGAGUGCUUAUAAAGAUAUUUGUU